GAGGGAGGAGAGAACCGGGGCUCGCCGCGAGCCUUCGAGAGCAGCGGUCGCGGAGGCGGCGGUGGCGGCACAAGCUCGAACCAGCAGCGCGCGCAUCCCCGGCUCCCUGCACAGCAAAGAGCUCGGCGGGCCACGGCGGCCAGCACAGGAGUGGACAAAGCAAGAUGGCAGGGAUCUUAGCUUGGUUCUGGAACGAGAGGUUUUGGCUUCCGCACAAUGUCACCUGGGCGGACUUGAAGAACACGGAGGAAGCCACCUUCCCGCAGGCUGAGGACCUCUAUCUCGCCUUCCCCCUGGCCUUCUGCAUCUUCAUGGUGCGGCUCCUCUUCGAGAGGUUUAUAGCCAAACCGUGUGCCAUAGCCCUCAACAUCCAGGCCAAUGGACCGCAGAUCGCCCAGCCAAACGCCAUCCUGGAGAAGGUCUUCACUGCGAUCACGAAGCAUCCUGAUGAGAAGAGGUUGGAAGGCCUCUCCAAGCAGCUGGACUGGGAUGUGCGCAGCAUUCAGCGCUGGUUUCGACAAAGACGCAACCAGGAGAAGCCAAGCACACUGACGCGGUUCUGUGAGAGCAUGUGGAGAUUUUCAUUUUACCUUUAUGUAUUUACCUAUGGAGUCCGGUUCCUGAAAAAGACACCCUGGCUGUGGAACACAAGGCACUGCUGGUACAACUACCCCUACCAGCCACUCACAACUGACCUUCACUACUAUUAUAUCCUGGAACUGUCGUUUUAUUGGUCUUUAAUGUUUUCCCAGUUCACUGAUAUCAAAAGAAAGGACUUUGGCAUUAUGUUCCUACAUCACCUGGUGUCUAUUUUCUUGAUUACCUUUUCAUAUGUCAACAACAUGGCCCGAGUAGGGACCCUCGUUCUCUGUCUUCACGAUUCAGCGGAUGCUCUCCUGGAGGCUGCCAAAAUGGCCAAUUAUGCCAAGUUUCAGAAAAUUUGUGAUCUCCUGUUUGUUAUGUUCGCCAUGGUUUUUAUCACCACACGACUGGGUAUAUUUCCUCUCUGGGUGUUAAAUUCUACACUAUUUGAAAGUUGGGAGAUCGUUGGACCUUAUCCCUCCUGGUGGGUUUUCAACCUACUGCUGUUGCUAAUACAAGGCUUGAACUGCUUCUGGUCUUACUUGAUCAUAAAAAUAGCUUGCAAAGCUAUUUCAAAAGGCAAGGUGUCCAAGGAUGAUCGGAGUGACAUUGAGUCUAGCUCAGACGAGGACCCAGAACCUCCGGGGAAGAAACCCCACCCUGCAGCCACCACCAAUGGGACCAACGGGUAUCUCCUGAGCGGCCCCUGCUCCGCGGAUGAUUAAUUACUCAAAACUACAUGUCCAGGACAAAGUGAACUGUUUGUUCCUGGAAGUAUUUAAUAAGUUGCAAAUGCAGUUCCUUUCAUAAUAUCUCAGCACCAGAAACAAAAAUUAGGAUUAUCAAAGCAUUUUGAAUAGUGCACUGCCAUAUGUCCAGUCUGUGAAUGAAGAAGAAUUAUCAUUCUCUAUAUGUAGGCAUGCUGUAUGUAAUUGACGCAAGGGAACAGUAUUUGCAUUUGUAUUGUCUUAGGAUAUUAUUUAUUUUUUGUAUUUGUUUGUAAAUCUGUGGACAAAAGAGGAUUUUCUCACUCCUUUUACUCCCUGGGUUCACAGUGAGGGAGGUGCUCCAUCUGCUUCUAUCCCUUUCUUAGAAUUGCUGUAGCCCAGUUGCUGGGAACAUCAGCUUCCUUUACCUUAGAGCAAGCAAAAUCCAGCGCAAGGUUCUCGUGCAGCUCCAGAUAGGGUUGCUUUCUUUUUGUCAGUGCCCCGUCUCGGUGACCAUUCUCCCCACAUGCAGUUUAAACUGGAUGAGCUAGGUAUUUUCAUUGUCACUCGUCACGGUCAUGUAGGAGUUCAAAUGAAAGAGUCCAGUUAUGGGA